UUCCAUUUUUGCCACUGUUACCCCGGAAACCCGAACCAGACUCCGAUUACAUUUUAGUAACUUCCACUCGGCCUCAGCGGCUGCAGCCACACUAAACGUAGCUCACAAAUCAGAGAUUCCGAUUCAGCGGUGACCUCGAAAGGUUCAGACGAUGGCGUCAGGGUGGGGAAUAACCGGGAACAAGGGCCGAUGCUACGAUUUCUGGAUUGAUUUCAGCGAUUGUAUGUCCCGCUGCCGAGAACCAAAGGACUGUACUCUACUCCGUGAAGAUUAUCUCGAGUGCCUCCACCAUUCCAAGGAGUUCCAAAGAAGAAACCGUGUCUACAAGGAGGAGAAGCGUAAGCUAAGAGCAGCCGAACGGGAGGCCAAAGAGGGUAAACAAGUUGAAGCUGCUCAUGCAUAGUCAUAAUCAUCGUUCUUCAAAGAUUGAAUAAUGAAGAAUGCAUGGACAUGCGUUGUUAUUUGAACAAUUUUUGACUUGUUAAUGACAUUCUUUUCUGUCUUUCCUGAAUCCGGUAUGAAAUUCACAAGCCAU